AUGGAUACCAUUUCAGAUGAACGUACUUCAUUCAAGUCACAUGGGUGGGGUAUGGGAACGUCUUAUACGAACAGUUCAUUGCGCAUUGGAAACUCUACUUGUCAUAGUGGUACCCAAUUGGACAAUGAGGCGUUCAGAACCCUCAUGACGGAAGUUGAGAGUAUAGUUAAUUCCAGACCACUCUCUGUCAAUGACCUGAAUGAUCCAGAGGCACUGGAACCUCUAACUCCAAACCAUUUGCUCACUCUAAAACAGAAACUUGUGCUUCCGCCCCCUGGUAAGUUCCAGCGAGCAGAUCUAUACUGCCGUAAAUGGUGGCGUAGAGUACAGUACAUGGCCAACCAGUUUUGGUUUAGGUGGCGUCGAGAGUUUCUCCAGAACCUGCAGUCACGUUGCAAGUGGAUGCAACCAAGGCGGAACAUAGCUGUAGGAGAUAUAGUGAUAUCCAAAGAAGACAAUGGACCACGUAACCAGUGGCUGCUUGUCAAGAUCAUCGACGUCUACCCAAGUCAAGAUGGUUGUGUCAGGAAAGUCAAAAUCUUGAAGGCUGACGGAGAGCUUGAUAACCAAGGAAGACAUCAAAAGCCUCCAACAACGUUGGAAAGACCAAUUCACAAGUUGGUUUUACUGUUACUUUGUGAUGAGUCAAGAUGA